AUGUCCAAAGAAGAAGCGCCAUCCGCGGCUUUCCAAGAUCAAUCCCCGGUUAUCAGCUCUCAGGAGGAGUCGAAGCCGGAAUGGAAAAUCUCAAAGCGUGCCCUACUGGUGUUCGUCAACAUCUGCGUGCUGACCCUCAUGGUCGCCAUUGACAGCACAUCUAUCGGUGUUGUCCUACCGGACAUCUCCAAAGACCUUAAUUCACCAGCCAUUGAGGCUUUCUGGGCCGGCACUGGCUUUCUCCUGUGCGCAACUGUCUUCCAACCGACCUUUGUCUCGUUCUCCAACAUCUUUGGCCGCCGCCCUCUGUUUCUCCUUGCCAUCGGCUUCUUCCUUAUUGGAUCUAUUGUCGGCGGUGUCUGUCGGAAUACCGCCCAACUACUAGUGGGUCGAUGCAUCCAAGGUGUGGGAAGCGGUGGCAUCAUGGCUAUCACCGAGGUGCUCAUCGCCGACCUAGUCCCAUUGAGGCAGCGUGGUCAGUAUUACGGCAUUAUGAACGGCACAUGGAGCAUCGGAUCUGUCUGUGGUCCCAUUGUCGGAGGCGCGUUUGCCAAUGCUAAUGCUUGGCGAUGGAUCUUCUACAUCAAUUUCCCUUUUAUCGGAAUCGGUGUUAUUUGCGUGAUUCUCUUCAUGAAACUGAACUUUGUCCCCACGUCCCUGGCUGAGAAGCUCCGCCGUGUCGAUUAUGUAGGCACGGUCAUCUUCGUCGGGAGCACAACGUCUUUCCUUAUCCCAUUGACCUGGGGAGGCGUUAUGUACGACUGGAGCUCAUGGAGAACCCUAGUGCCUCUCAUUAUCGGAAUUGUCGGGUGUAUCGGGUUCGCCGCUUACGAGGCCUAUUUUGCGGGGGUUCCUAUAGUCCCGGCAGCCCUCUUCAAGAACAGGACGACCACCGCCUCCUUUAUCAGCGCCGUCUCCUCAGGCCUUCUGGUCUGGUGCGUUGUUUACUACAUGCCGCUAUACUAUGAGGCAGUCAAGGAAUACAGCCCUGUCAUUACCGGUGUGGCGAUGUUCCCGCUAACAUUCACCGUGGCACCCGCCGGUGUUUUCGCUGGCGUCUUGAUCACCAUAUAUGGCAAGUAUCGCUGGGCUAUUUGGUCCGGCUGGAGUAUCUCUACGCUCGGCUUUGGCAUCUUGUAUCUCCUCAAAGUCGACACCAGCGUCGUGAAGUGGAUCUUCAUGAACGCCGUUUCUGGAAUCGGCCUUGGAUUCAUCUUUCCAUCCGUAGCCUCCGCCAUUCAAGCCUCGGUCACUCGGGAGAAUGUGCCUAUGGCUUUGGCCAUGUUCAGUUUCUUCCGUUCCUUGGGCCAGGCCAUUGGCGUUGCCAUUGGUGGCGCUAUCUUUCAAAACCAGAUGCUCAAGAACCUGCAAGACUACCCUUCUCUCGCUCCUCAUGCCCAGGCCUAUGCCGCCGAUGCCUCCGGUCUAGUUCAAGUCAUCAGGGCCAUGCCAUACAACCAAGAUAAAGCAGAUCUCCAGCAGGCUUACGUUGACAGCCUACGCAUUGUCUGGGCUGUGUGCUGCGGCUUGUCCGGAGGCACUCUCUUGGUCAGUCUGCUAAUUAAGAGCUACAGCAUUGACCAGGAUCAGAGCACAUACCAAGGCGUUAUUGAGAAGAAUGAGCGUGACAUAGAUGAUGCCAGCCCUGCAGCUUAG